UGAUGGGAAAGACAGAACUGUGCUCUCUCUAUAAGGGGUUUAUGGACUGUAUUUGCCUCUGCCUCUCUCGAAGCAGCGUUGAGGCUACAUGCGACAUUGAGAGGGACACUGAGAAUGGCCACCUGAUCUACAAAAGUGGGGACGUCCUCGAAGACAGAUAUGAGAUAGUCGACACUCUAGGUGAGGGAACCUUUGGGAAGGUGGUGCAAUGCUCGGACCACAGCAGUGUUUUAACACACAGAGGAGGAAGUCGAAUUGCUCUGAAGAUCAUUAAGAACUUGGAGAAAUACAGAGAAGCAGCCAAACUGGAAAUAAAUGUUUUGGAGAAGAUCAGCACGAGAGAUCCAGACAACAGACGUCACUGUGUACAGAUGCUGGACUGGUUUAACUACUACGGCCACAUGUGCAUCUGUUUUGAGCUGCUGUCUCUCAGCACCUUCGACUUCUUGAAAGCAAACAACUUCCUGCCUUAUCCCAUUAACCAGAUCCGACACAUGGCCCACCAGAUCUGCCACGCUGUCAGCUUUCUCCAUGACAACAAGCUGACUCACACAGACCUGAAGCCUGAGAACAUCCUCUUUGUCAACUCAGACUACUCCAUCAUAUACAACGCUGAGAAGAAGUGCAAUGAGCGGAGAAUAAAUGACACCACAGUGCGGCUUGUUGACUUUGGCAGCGCCACCUUUGACCACGAACACCACUCUGCCCUCAUCUCUACACGUCACUACCGAGCUCCAGAGGUCAUACUGGAGUUGGGUUGGAGUCACCCAUGUGACGUGUGGAGUAUCGGAUGCAUCCUGUUCGAAUACUACGAAGGCUUCACACUGUACCAGACUCAUGACAAUAAGGAGCAUCUGGCUAUGAUGGAGAGCAUACAGGGACCGGUUCCUCAGAGAAUGAUCCAAAGGAGCAGAAAGCAGAAGUAUUUCCACCGUGGGCGUCUGGACUGGAAUGAGUGCUCCAAGGCCGGACGCUACGUGAAAGCCAAGUGCAAACCAUUAAGGAAGUACUUGUUAUCACAUGGAACAGAACACCACCAGUUGUUUUACCUCUUGGAGAGGAUGCUGGAGUACGAGCCUUCCACACGCAUCUCUCUCUCCUCUGCCCUGUCUCAACCCUUCUUCCUGCCUCUUCCUCAUCCAGGGAAGAGUCAAAUCUGGAGGAACAGCUGGGAUAUGAGCAGAUGAGACCCUGAAUAGACACUUGACCUUGUGCGGACCAUGCCAGUGUGUUUGCAAGUAUUACUUUCUCAACUGCAAAUAAUGCAUACUUUAUAUUGCAUUUCAAUCGGGGGAGAGACUAAUUGAAAGAAGGGCUUAAGAAGUUAUACAUUUAUCUAUUUGUUAUAGUGUGCACAAUGUGAAAAGUUGAGGGAUUACUUUAUGUGAAAUGUCUUUGGCAAGUAGACAGAUUUUAUGGGGGUAGUCGUGGGUUGAGCCCGACAGGAAUAUUACCCCGAAGGAGUCGGCUGAUGGUGAAAGGGUGAAGAACGAUAGGUGAGGAUCUGGUUGAAUGUAAUUUUGUACUAGAGUCCUAAUGAGCUCAGUGGAAGGAUCCAUAAGACAGACUGUUAAAACUGGAGGUGAACGGGGUGGAGGUGGGUCAUGUCAAAUCAUACACUGAAAUAACAGCUGACAGCAGCAGCAAAAGGAAUAUUUGUUUGACUCCAACCACAUGAUUGGUGAACCCUGAGUCAGCUAAUUGAGUUAUAAAUGGGAAAGAAUUUCAUAAACACAAAGAUUUUUUUGCCACAAAAGACACGUACAAAUCAUUGGAGAGGAUACAUUGACCUGUGAACACAAUUCAGAUAUAUAAUAUUUAAGUUAUAGUAAACUUAUUAACAGUUGGCUGUUAUACACCCAGCAGACACAGAACAACAUUAUCAUUCAUUUGGAGUUGUGUUUCUGACCACCUGAUGAAAAUCUAAAGUAAAAUCCGAUAUUCACUCUCUUUUAGCUCUGGUUUUGGGCUCCACCAAUUUCUGAGGGAAAUGUAUCUAUAUAUAUACAUACACAAUAAUUUAACUUGCAAUCCUUGAUUUUUACUGAAAAGUUUAUACAGUCUGCUGAUAGAUUUUUGUGUCAAACAGAAAUGAGUGGAAACCAAUGGAUGAAACGUUUAGCUGGUAAUCUAAAUAUAUGUGAAUGGAAGUAAAUGACCGUUUGACUGUGUUGUCUGACUGAUCAUCACAUUCAAGGACAUCAAGUCAGCUUCAACAUGUUACAAAUACAGCUGUAUCUCUUAAACUUUGAGGAUUUAGUUACAAAAGCUUAUGCAACUUUUAAAAGUACAUUUUCAGUGUAAUGCUCUCAGUCACUUUAUAACAAUAAUUUGUGUGUUUUUUGUAAUA